AUACGCUCUGGGAGAUCUGCUGAACAUUCUGAUGAAUGAUUUGUGAUACUGUAAAUGCUGGACUUCUUUACUUACUAAAAUGGACAGAGCAAAUGAGAAGAGUAAGACCUUUUUCCAAAGAAGUAAAGCUAGAAGGAAAAAUCUGAAGACAUAAAAGCUACACACAAGGAACAUGUCAUUGAGCACCUCUGCUUUUUGAUCCCUACACCGGACAAUGAGAAGUCACAUGGUAACGACGAUGAGUGCUUCAACUGGCAGCUGGCCUUCCUCCUCCCAGAAAGACAGCUUUACGGCCAGUCAUAGCAUCCAAGGGCUGAACCACUCAGGAGACCCAAGCAGUCCUAAUCAACCUGGUAUUACUGCUACUCCAAACGGUACCUGUCCCAUGGAUGAGAAACUACUCUCCAGCCUGUUAACAAUAUCCUACUCUGUUAUUUUCAUCGUGGGACUGGUUGGAAACAUAAUUGCCCUCUAUGUAUUUCUGGGUAUCCACCGCAAAAGAAAUUCCAUACAGAUUUACCUACUGAAUGUAGCUAUUGCAGAUCUCUUACUGAUCUUCUGCCUGCCUUUCCGAAUAAUGUAUCACAUUAACGGGAACCAGUGGACACUUGGUGUGAUCCUUUGCAAGGUUGUGGGAACACUAUUUUAUAUGAACAUGUACAUUAGCAUUAUUUUGCUUGGAUUUAUCAGUUUGGAUCGCUACAUAAAAAUUAAUCGGUCUGUACAACAACGAAGGGCGGUAACAACCAAACAAAGUAUUUACGUUUGCUGUACAGUAUGGACAGUUGCUCUUGCUGGAUUUUUAGCUAUGAUUACCGUAACCCUUAAAGGAAAUCAUAAUUCCACAGUGUGUUUCCAUUACAGAGAGAAGCAUAAUGCCAAAGGAGAAGCAAUUUUUAAUUACGUUCUUGUGGUAAUGUUCUGGCUAAUUUUCUUACUAAUAAUCCUUUCAUAUAUUAAGAUCGGCAAGAAUCUACUAAGGAUUUCCAAAAGGAGGUCAAAAUUUCCCAAUUCUGGUAAAUAUGCCAAAACAGCCCGGAAUUCCUUUAUCGUACUUAUCAUUUUUACUGUAUGUUUUGUUCCCUAUCAUGCCUUCCGAUUUGUCUAUAUAUCUUCACAGCUAAAUAGCCCAUCUUGCUAUUGGAAGGAAAUCAUUCACAAAACCAAUGAGAUCAUGUUGGUUUUCUCAUCUUUCAAUAGCUGCUUAGAUCCAGUCAUGUAUUUCCUGAUGUCCAGUAACAUCCGCAAAAUAAUGUGCCAACUUCUUUCUAGACGAUUUCAAGGGGAAGCGAGCAGGAGUGAGAGCACUUCAGAAUUUAAGCCAGGAUACUCUCUGCAUGAUACAUCUGCCGCAGCUAAAAUUCAGUCUACUGCUUAAAGCACUUGA